ACAGCUGUUUUUGACAGCUGCAUUAGAUUUGCAAAGCAACACGUCUGCAAUGUUUUCAUUUUGAGUCAUAACACGGAAAACUAGUUCGAAUCUCUACAAAAUGGGCAAAAAAUCUGCCACCAAAGUGUUUUGUUGAAGCUAUUUUUAAAGAGAAACUUAACUACAACGACUAUAAUUACAAUGGAGUUAACGUUGGAUAAAAAGUUACAGAGUUUCCAACUUAUUGCACAAGAAAAACUGCAGGCCAUUAUUUGCUCAAUACCUGGCAAAAAAGACCUUAUCAUAGAACAUACACUGAUUAAACCUUUGGAGCAUGUCUGUGCUGCAUCCUGGCUGAAGUUAAAGGGUAUACAACGGAUCUUCAAAUUCGAUGAAGAUCAUAUUAUACCUCGUACAGCAGAAAAUCAAGUGCACAUUUACCUAAUACACAGCAGAUUAGAAACAUUUCAACAUGUAGUGCGGCACAUACUCGAAUUAGAACGUCAAGAGCCCACCGAUCUCGAAGCAAAUGUGAAAAAUUUUCAUAUCAUUUGUGUACCCAGCUGCUUUACUCACUUUCAUGUUUUGCUGGAGGAGGAAGGACUUUACGGUUUGGUGCAGCUCCAUCGUUAUAACUGGGAUUUUAUCAACCUCGAUCAAGGUAUACUCAGUAUGGAGGUACCAAAUGUUUUUUCAACGGUAUAUUUGCGCAAGGACACAUCUUUGCUACCAGCCGUAGCACAAUCGUUACGUGUAUUACAAGCUGUGUGCGGGCGACCUGAAUUGGUACUCACUUUCGGUGAAAAUUCUGCGAAUUUAGUGAAAAUGUUAUACAAACUUGGCAAGCUUGACCAUGACACCAUCAAGGAACCGUCGCCAGAUUUCGCUUGCAUGCUCAUUAUCGAUCGUGAUAAGGACUAUGCUUCAAGUUUACUUACACCGGCUAUUUAUGCCGGCCUGUUACUUGAAGUUUUUAAUAGGCGCGCUGCCGAAAUUGAACUGCAAGCGAGUUCAAAUAAAAUUUCCCGUCAAAAAUUAGCAAUAUUUCAACUACCUCAUCGUGUGGAUCAACAAAAGCUGAAUGAAAAGCCACCAGUUGAAAAGCCAAGAGCCGGAAAACUGCCUAGUAUACGUAUGAACGCAUUGAGCGAUGAAAUAUAUGGCGAAAAUCGUUACAAACAUUUUGCACAAGCCAGCAGUCAGAUACGCGCGCAAGCAAAAGCAAUAGGCUUGGAAGUGCAAAAAUUUAACGACAUGAAGCUCGACGAAAUGCACGACUAUGUGGCACGCAAGUUGCCCAAAGUUACAGAGCUGAAAGCGAAGGUUAUGCGUCACCUGAACGCGAGCGAACAAGUCAUCGAAAUGUUAGGAGGGAACUUUCGACGUGUACAAUCACUGGAAGAGGACAUACUCAACAACGUUUCACGUAAACGCAUACUCAACGAAAUCGAUGAGCUGCUUACAUCUGAUGGUCAGCAAUAUAAUACUCUACGCUUACUUUGCCUACUACACCUCUGUGCUGGCAUAAGCUCUGAUGAGAUAAUACAAUUUGCGCGCAACUACUGUAAUUACUUUGGCCAGCAGCAUUUGGUUGUUUUUCAACAAUUGGCAAUGGCUGGGCUACUGCCUGUGGCAUGGGAAGAGGAGAAAGCAAACACACCAGCCAAGCUGCUGUCAAACCUGCCCAUACCGAAAUUUCAACAAACCGAAUUUCAAGCGAAUGCUAAUCGUCUCAGACUGAUGGCGUCGUCUGCUGGUGCUGAGCCGCCACCGAGUGCUGGAGCAGCGAGUGCCGGUGUCGGUAAUAAUUCAGCAAGUCCAUCUGCCGGCUGUGCUAGCUAUGUGUUCAACAAUCUAUAUAUUCCCAUUGCAGCACAGCUAAGUUCGUACCUGCUGAAAGCGCAAUCUUCAGAAGAAUUCGCCACCAAAGUAGGUAUGGUGGACAAAUUGCUCAUGCACCUACCUGAUGGCACCGCAAUCAGCGCGAAAUCACACGCCAAUUCUGUCAAGCUGAAUGAGUUAAAGGAUAUCUUCCCCAUGCGUAAGCGCAACCUCUUUGUCUUCGUUCUUGGCGGAAUGACGUAUGCAGAGAUCGGUGCCUGUGAUUUGAUUUCCCGCAUUACAGGUUCGCAAAUUAUUAUGGGCGCUGACGCAAUUAUAACCGGUGGGGAUCUUAUUGCAGGUGCUUUCUGACACAACUCGAAUAAACGCAGAAUUCUCACACAAAAGACACUAUUAUUAUUAUUUAAGUCGAUAUUACGAAUUUGUAUGUAACACUAUUUUUUAAUAAAAAUUGC